CCUUGAACUAUAGUUCGGACGGCCAAAUUACAACCUACCAAAGGUGCUAAUAUGUAUUAAGAGGUUUGCCCUAAUUCAACCUAAGUAGGUGAUACAAUUAGCCCAAGAAUUCCAACUUUUACAAGCCUCUUAACAAGAAGGGGAUUUCCCUCUACCUAUGUCAAAAUGGCAUAAGAAUUGGAAAUGCAAGAACACACACAAUCUUCAUGAAAAUACUUCAUAUCUUGUAUUAAAAUACAACCACACACAAGUCAUUCAAUCCAUACAAACAUUCACAUAAUUGUAGCUAGGGUUUACAAACACCCAAGUGAAAGAAAGGUCUACUCCAUGCUAAGUAGAUGGAACACACAAGGGAGAAGAGAGAAAACCAUCUUGGAGAUGUUUGUCUUCUUCCUUAUGGUGUGGAGAUCAACCUUGGAGGAAGAAAUUCCUAAAACCUAGCUCUUGGAUGAAACCCAAACUUCUCUUCUCCUCUUGUUCGUCACUUUCUCACUUUAGAAAUCUGAAGAAGAAGAAGUCUCUCUCACAAGGUUCCUCCUUUUUCUCUUUCAGCUCAGCCCCCUUUAUAUACCCAGAUCAACGGCGUUUCACGGUCCCAAUUCACGGUCGUGACCAUCUGGCUCGGGUCGUGUUGUUGAGCAAAGACGCGUUGUUUCAUUAAGGUGCUUCACGGUCUGGAGUGUGUCUUCACGGUGUGCGUUGAGAUGGACAAAACCCUUCUAAACUCAUCUCUCUUCACAGUCUAUGCCUCUUCUUCAUGGUCUGGAUGACCGUGAACUGCUGGCCUCCACCGUGAACUGCUGAUGUUGCUCCCUUUUGACCAGUUUCCGCCUCUUUUAAUCCAACUUUUGUUCCAUUGGUUGAUUUCACCUACUAAGAUUUGAAACAUACUAAAAACAACCACAACCUAGCGUAAAACCGAACCUCACGGAGUAAAAGUACCUCAAGCGUCUAAGGAUAAAGGGGGUAAAAAGUGUACAAAUAGACAUGAAUCAAUUGGUUGGGUGCUUAUAAGCUAGGCGCUCCUAUGUUCGUCCGGAGAUAGGGGAACCAUGAUAUUGAAACGCGCCUCAUCGCCAAGCGCCCAAUCUGUCGCAACCUCGCCUCCACUUUCAAAGAAGAAAUUGGUACGCUCCUUCAUAAAGAAGAACCCCCGGAACCAACUCCUCCCCAACUUGGGGCAUUUUCUCACAAAGUUUGGAAUUCCCUUGCACUUUUGAAGGGACGGGAAAUUGUCAAGAAGCACCACAUUAAAAAAAUGUCGGAAUAAGUUGAACGUCGGAUUCACGUUGUGCAUCCUACACUUCAACUUGAAGAGAAUAAAUACUAAAAUGACUAAAGGCGACAGGCGCCCAAUCGUGCAAUCACAAGACACCAGCACCCUUUCCCAAUAUGAGUUCUACCGGAAAUAGCAAUCCAAAGCGAAAGUACUCCAGAUAAAUUCCGAGUCAUUUUGGCCUACAUAAUCUGAUCCUCGGGAUAGGGGAGGCGGGCGCAUAGCACUGGAACCGAGGCAGCUGCAGACUGAUUAUAAGGUUCUCCAUCCACGCCGCCAACAUUGUUAACUGAAGUUCUGGACCGACCACGUUAGCAGGUAUUUCGGAGGUGUCAAUAUGCACAUAGUCCAAGGGCCAGAUGUUCUACCAUGUAGUAAUCUUAUACGAUCCAUCUUCGGGCACAUAUGAAGGAGUCGACGAAGGCUGAGGCGUCCCCACUAGAGCAUGCAGGCGCACACACCUCAAAAGCUAAGGAAAUUCAAAGAAAAUUUGUGCCAAACACAAGUUUGAAAGGGGUGCUUACCAGGAUUGGCGGGGUGCCUUGUUCAUUGCUGGAGCUGGCACAUGCGACAUCGUCUCGAGGCGCACACAUAAUGACGACAAUGGACAAGUAGCGAGAGGGAAAACGAGGUGGCGCAAGGCGAGCGUUAGAGAGAAGUUAGAGAGAAGAAGGGUUUUAGGGAGAGUAGAAGAGAAAUGAGUUGGAAGAGAGGUAUUUAUAAGAAAGAUAAAGGGACAUGCCUCGAGAUUUGAGCCCAUCGCAACGUGGCGUGAGCACGACCUAGCGUUUGAAAUUCAAAUUGUCGGUCGUAAGGGGCCAGGGAGGCGCAUAUUUCGUAACGGGCGAACAUCUACCAUAUCAAAUCACGGUCUGGCGCCUAGAGAAGAUUAGUCAACAUGAGAAAAUUAAAUAUUGAGCGCGUUGGGCGCCUACCAUUAGGCGCAUUAUCUCAAUGGCUAUUUACAAGUCAUAAAGAGGAUGUCUUGUAACAGACAAACGCCUAAAUUAAAUAUUAAGCAUGUUUGGCGCCUAUCAUUGAGCUCAUAAAGGGGGUGUAUCUUGUAAUAGAUAGACGCCUAUUGUAGACGAGUCAUCGAGUGACCAUCGAUCAUUGCAGUAGUGGGGGCCCGUCAAUGUGUCGAGUUUUACCACAAAAGGGUGCCUUCCGUAAAGGGCUGGUAGAGUUGGGUCGUGAAUUGACCUGGAGUGGGCCCUUGCUACGGGCAGAUCAAGACUCUAGGGGCAUUUAACGAGCGCUUAUUCUAAAAAAGGGUUAACGCGAGCGAUCGACAAGAGUGGAGCAUCGAGCGGGCGCCAUGUUAAGCAAAAUUAUGGGAAAAAUCAAUCAGAGAGGAAGCCCAGAGGCCGUGAAAAGGAAAGCAAACACACCACUGAGGGGGUCAGUUAGGCACUCAAGACACCAGGUGUUGAGUGCCGAACUGGAGGGCAAUGGUUGGGGAUAUUACAAAAUACCAGGCACAAGUAAAUGUCCAAUAACUUAUUGAGAGAUAUCACCUAAGAGAAAUCCCGAAAGCAAGCCCAGUAGGCGGGUUGGGCCCAAAGGGUCAAGCUGAGCAACAAGGGGAGACACAUAGUGACAAGAAUCACUAGAUGCCAAGGUAGUACGGAUUGUUGAUUGUCCCCCACCAGGCGCCUGGCGUCUGUCAGAAAGACUGUGAUGAUUGUCGGGGCGCCUAGCCAGGUGGAGGUACAGAGUAUUAAAUGCAAUGUUGACGU